AGGCUGGAGAAGUUCUCGCAGAAGUAUGGAAUAAUAUGGUUAUCGACGGCCAUGACGUCGUAGCAGAGUACCUUAAGCCCGAUGACACUGCUGAAAGCUUUGUUCCAGACUUGCCUUCUCUGCAGUGGUACAGCGAGCAUGUGCGAGAGAGCCAGUAUUUGCUUCAGGUGGUAAAGUGUGAUGACCGCGCUUGCUGUGGAGAUUUGCGGAGUUCUCUUCGAUCUAUUCUUCCUGAACGCUUCGUUAUUCCUCCUUACCCAAUUUUGCAGUCGUCUAGUGGUCUAUAUAUUCCGAAGCCUCAAGAGCAUGAUGGCAAGACGUUUGCUACAUUUCUUCUGCGUCGGUCUCUUGGAAUCACCCCAACGCAUGAUGGCUUUAACAAAUUGCCGUAUGACCUGUAUUGCCCUAGUCUGCAAAAGGAUCGUCGGCAACUUUUGGAAAGGACGUGCCAGUGGUGUGGAUUGUACUUCUGUACAAAGAAGAAAGUUAAGGAACAUGUAAAUUCAUGUCACAAGCAACCUAAUCCGAGCAGCAGUAAUAGCGUAGAGAUGCACAAUGUUCGUCCUUCACGCAUCCUCACGCGACGAUCAAUCGGCAGAUCGAAAGAAAUUCUGUGCGUUGUGCGCGAAAAUGAUGACACCGAGUGGCUUGAUGAAACCGAUGUUGAUUUUCAACAAAGCACAGUACCAACAACUGACCUGCAAGAUGCUUAUCCAGUUGUUAGUGUUGAAGAAUGUCUUGCUAAUCCAUGGUCCGAGGACAAUAUACAUUAAACAUACUCAUAACAUGUUUUUCCAAUGAUUACACUCUUCAUUUCUAUUAUUGUUAUGGCAAUAAAAAAAAAACUUGCAACCUGGUGUAGACAUUUUUAUUAUGGUCCUUAAUUUCAGAAUAAAAUAAGAUUAUAGUUUGUACCUGUAUUUAAAUUAAGAUAAUAUUCAGAAAAUUUUAAGAUUUUUGUAGGUACUAAAAUA